AUGGAUGGAAUUAGUCUACAGAUUGAAAUGAUACUUAAUCACUGUAUUCCAACCAGCUCAGAUAUUGAUGAAUGCCAAGAAGAUAAAGCAGUCUGUGGUAACUACUCGGCCUGCACCAAUACAAUUGGAAGUUACUACUGUACUUGUCUCCUGGGAUACAGGUCUCGGUCAGCAGUACAGAACUUCACAGAUGUAAGCUCUUCUGGUUGCAUUGAUAUAAAUGAGUGCUUAGAAGAUAACACUAUCUGCGGUAAUCACUCCAACUGCAACAAUACAAUUGGAAGCUACAACUGUAAGUGCCAUGAAGGAUAUAGGCCUCUGUUGACAGCAGAUGACUUCACUGAUAUGGAUUCCUUGGCUUGCAGUGGUGUGUCCUGCCAAUGCUGUCUUGAAUCACAGGAUCCAGGUAAUCGACAGUGUUCCUAUGGAAACCUUCAAUUAAGCAAUGAAACUCAGACUCCUUUCUGUGGUUGUAUUCUGAAAGUUUUGGAAUUUAUUGCCAACAUGAACACGGAGUCUACACAUUUGCUUUAG